AUGACAGCAAUGGAGAAGAUUGAGGAGCAGCUUGCUAGUCUGCGCAUAGCAAAACGUUCUGUACUGUCCGAGGAACCUGCUUACUUACUGGAUAUGGACAUUUCCAAACAGUCUCAAAGCAGCCGCUUUGUGGCAGUUUCCUGUUCCAAUCAGUCAAUUAGGGUAUAUAACAGGGAAACAUUAAACUUCCUGCGGGAAUACAGGAGCUGUCCUGGGAUCCUUAACGGGGUCAGGUUUGCACACGCGUGUGACAGCGUCGUGUUUUCAGCGUGUGCGUGCGGUGACGGGACAGUGAAAUGUUGGGAUAUUCGUUCAGCAUCUCAGGAGGCUGUGCAGGUGUUCAGGGGCUACCCUUCCAACGUUUUCAUCAGUUUUGAUAUCAACUGCAGUGAUCUCAUUGUUUGUGCUGGAACAGAAAAAGCUGAGAAGGACACGUUUCUGGUGUUUUGGGAUGCAAGAGGUGUUACAAACUGUGCUGGCACAACUAAGGAGCCCUUGGGAGUCUAUUCUGAAAGUCACAAUGAUGAUAUCACAAAAAUUUGUUUUCAUCCUGUCAAACCCAACUUGGUAGUUUCUGGGUCAACUGAUGGGUUGGUUAAUGUGUUUGACAUUAACAAGGAUAAUGAAGAUGAUGCUUUGAUAUCUACUUGCAAUUCAGAUUCAUCAGUAAGUUUUGUUGGCUGGUCUGGGAAAGAUUAUAAACAGGUCUACUGCAUGACACAUGAUGAGGGAUUUUGUUGGUGGGACAUUGCUCAGUUAGAUACUGAAGACCCAAUAACACUGUUGCAUGUCCUGGAUGCCAGAAACACAGUCUGCAUUGAAAAUGACAGCUUACAUUACCUGGUAGGUGGCUUGUACCACGAAAAGGUGGACAAACUCUUUCUUAUUGGGGGAACAUACACAGGAAAUGUUCACCUCAUCAGCUGUGGCACGGAUGGACUGAGCCUGAUGGGUACCCUUAGUGGAGGACACUCUGCCAGUGUUCGCUCCUUCUGCUGGAACCUGACAGAUGAGUCUCUGUUGACAGGUGGAGAGGAUGCUCAGCUGUUGCUAUGGAAACCUGGAGCUGUGGAGAGGUCCUUUGCAAAGAAAGCAUCUAUGAAGAGUGCUUCUUCUGUGCAGAAGAGAGUAAGAGUUCACAACAGCUUCCUCAAAAGCAAAAGAAAGUGA